CCAUUCUCUUCCUCUCCCCAUAAAUUCACCUCUUCUCUCACUCCUUUCAGCUUGAAGGGAAAAAAAAAAAAACAAGAGCAAAAGACCCUCCAGAACAGAAACUUGUGGAACUAUGUUUUCUAUGGAACCGAACAACUCCGACUCGAUUGCCCCACUUGACGAGGUGCAACGGUACUGGAAGAUGCGGUCCAUCUACAGGGUCCCCGCACGUUUCACCGCCCUCAACCGCGAGGCCUACCAGCCACAAGUUGUCUCCUUCGGCCCCUACCACCAUGGCGAGGCCCACCUCCUCCCCAUGGAGGAACACAAGCGCCGCACGGUCCGCCACCUCCUUAAGCGGUCCAAGAAGCCUAAGGAGUGCUUCUUCGAGUCCCUGAGGGAGGUGGCGUGGGACCUCGAGGAGAGCUACGACGCGCUGGACCCAAAGUGGAAGGCAGGAAGCGGCAAGGACGCGGCACCCCAGUUCCUGGAGCUGAUGAUAACUGACGGCUGCUUCAUGCUCGAGAUCCUGAGGUUCGCAGCCAGCGAGGUGGACGACUACGCGCCCAACGACCCCAUCUUCAGUUACCACGGGAACAUCCACAUAAUGACAGACAUUUGCAAGGAUAUGCUGAUGCUGGAGAAUCAGCUUCCGAUGCUAGUGCUGGAUCGGCUGGUGGCUGUGGAGAGCGAUGGCAAGAAGGACGACGAAUUCGUCAGCAGGCUCAUCCUCGAGUGCUUCUUGUUCCCCAGCGAGGGCAUCACAAGGAUGGACAAAUGCCUGCACGUCCUGGACGUUUUCAGGAAAAAAAUGCUGAUGGAGCCCGAGAAGGAGGACGAGGAGGACGACGAAUCCGUCAACAAGUUCAUCCUCAAGCUCUGCUUCCCAUGCAAGGGCAUCACAUGGAUGGGCAAAUGCCUGCACGUCCUGGACGUUGUCAGGAACAGCAUGCUGAUGAAGCCCAAGAAGAAGGACAAGGUGAAGAGGGACGACAGUCGGGAGAUUAUACAAUUGGCCUCGGCCACCGAGCUCAGCGAGCAUGGGAUCAAGUUCAAGAGGAGCAAGACCGACAGCAUCACGCACAUUUCCUUUGCGGGUGGGGCCCUGACGCUCCCCAAGAUCCGGGUGGAUGAAAUGACCAUGUCCAAUUUCCUCAACCUCACGGCAUUCGAGUACCUCCAUGUCGAGACUGAAAACGAGGUCAUGUCCUACAUCUACUGCAUGGACCAAAUAAUCAACAACGGGCAGGAUGUCGCGCUUCUCCGCGCCCAAGGUAUCAUCGUGAAUCAUCUGGAGAGCGAUGAGGCGGUAGCCAAGAUGUUCAACUCGCUGGGCAAGGUUGUGACGAUCAAGCCCAGCCACAGCCUCAGGGACGUGCUCGGGAAGGUCAACGAGUACCGCAAUAAGCACUGGAAUAUGUGGAGGGCUAAUCUCAUCCACACCUACUUCAGGAAUCCUUGGGUUGCAUUGUCUCUCAUCGCUGCCGUCUCCCUCUUUGCGCUCACCACAAUUCAGACUGUAUAUUCCGUCCUCGGCUACUACAAAUGAACACUUUCCUCUCAGUACAACAAUAUACUGUCUUUUUUUCCACUUUUUUUGGUUUUCUCCCGAUGACAGAUGCUCGAUCAUUGUCUCUUGAUCGGUUUGGGUUGUUAUGAAUGAUUUUCCUCUUGCUUUCAGUCAUGUUUAUAUCCCUCUUUCAAUGUUUUGAAUAAUGGACAUUUUUAUUUUAACAUUA